AUGUCGGGCCGCCCACUACCGCCGUCCAGCGUUCUGCUAGGAGAAGUCAAGGCCACUGUCUUGCGCAAGUACAAGAAGAGCGCGUCAGUCUUUCUAGAGGACGCCGCUCUUGAUAUGAUGCUUACCGAACAUCCCGGUGACAUCCAGCGCUACGCUGGAUUCUACAACAUGGUCUACCUCUUCCUCGACCCCUCUCACUGCCAAGAGUCAAAUCGACCAUUUGCGAAUCCCCUUCUCACCGCGGAUUCGACAACUCGUUUCAUUUGGAAUAAGAAGGAGUAUGACUGCGCCGAUUACCUCGUAGACGAUGACGAUGAUCACCCUGAAUCGAUUGAGGCUGCAGCAAUUCGACCUAUCGAAGGGUCCAUCGGCGCACCCAUCAUUAUCGCUACGGAACAGGUGGCCGCUAUCUCGAAGAAGACCCAGAAGAGAACGUCUGCCUUCCAACCUGGAGAAAACAUCAAGACGCGGCUUCGACGCGUACACAAUGAGCGCAGAGAGGCAAGGAAGUUGGACAUCUGGCGGGAGCUGAAGGCUACAGUGGAGCCCGCUGCGACACACGACAUACCUGCUCAUGUUUCCACUACCCAGUGGAACUUCUGGAACGCCGUCUUUUUAGAUGUUCUCCCGUCGUUACCAGCGCCCGAGCGCGCCGCUCGUCUCUUGGCUCUCGAGAGUCGCGAUAUCACUGAUAAACAGCCCAAGCCAUGGUCUGAUAUCUGGCAGACAUACCAGUACGUUCAACUCAUCGGCGAGAUCGAAAUGACUGGGUGGGACAAAACUCUGCGCGACUUAUCCGAGAAAUACCAAGACUUUUCCGAGAAAUUGAAAGACCUUGACUUGGCCACACGCAUGGCUCUGGGUCUGUCGGUCGCACUGCCGCAAGUCCGCGAGGAUAACACGUCGGUGCUUGCCGAGCCCAUUGCUUCCAAGCCAUCGGUUCUUGACACCCCGGUAAUCGACACUGGCGCUCGUCGUCCGAAACUCCUCCCAAAGUCUCAGGCUACGCGGAAGAAUUCCGGGUUGGCUUGCUUGGAUGAGAAGGCUACUAUAGCUCCUGAGGUCGCUGCACCGCCGGCUCUUAUUCCAGCGCAGGCUAGUACCAACAUCUUUGGGCUUCCUACCAUAGUACCACAAAAGCCCCCUCCAUCAUCCAGCGGCUUUACGUUCACUACUCCGGCUUCGAAGACCGCCCCUAUGUCCGUACUGCUACAGUCUCCUCCAGCUACGCAGUUCCCUGACACACCUAGCUUUGACUUCGGCUUCGCUAAGAGUACAUUCGACGCACCAAUCUCUGUCUACGUAACGAAACUCGAUGAACACACUGUUUCCGGGACGUGCAUGGCCACUCAAACGCCUGAACUGCCCAAAUUGUCUUGGAACGAACACACACGAAAGCACGCAGUACUGACUGGCAAAGAUACAAAGUCUAUCUCGACUACUUUUGGUGCUUCGGCUGUUGGCUACGAUCAUUCCUCAUCAGAGACACCCCUCGUCCUCACUCAACAUGCUGAGCAACCUCCUAAGUCUGAUCUUGGAGGCUCUAUAGAGAUAGAGGGGACUGAGUGGGAAACCCAGGCAGCUGUCGAAGCGAAGUUAAAAGACCAAAAAUACUCUACUCGGUGGACCAUGGUCAUCGAUGAGCUUAACAUUGCUAAGCUUAUCAAGAAUUUUCGAAAAGAAACUUCAACCCCCUGUAGAGGGGAGACACUCAGCGACACUACUUCCAGGGAACAAAAGGAACCUUCCCGUUCAGACGAUGAGCAACCCAACCAAGGUGGCCAAACCGCUGGUCUCCCAACAAAGGAACAUGGUAUCCGGUUCCCAACCUACACCGUUCGAGACUUCGCGGAGAAAUACGUCCUCGCACGAAGUUCAGAUCUCUCUGUCGAUGACAUAUUCACUAGACUUACCAAUUUCUCGAAUGGCCGCCUCUUCGAUGUCAACUGCGUGCUUCUUAAUGUUGACGAAAAUGACGAGAGCAAGCCUGCAACGUUUGAGGAAGCUGUAAGUAUGCUUGAGCCGUAUCUAGCAGGUCAGUGGACUCUGGAUAAUGCAGAUAGCGAUUCCGCAUCCAGUUUCGGUUCGACUCCGUCGUUGACGCACUCGCAUUUCUCCGAAGACGAGCUUGCCAUCGAUACAGAGAUGGCAGAAGAGUACAUGCUCGAUGGAUACGGGUGGCCGCUCGAGCUGACCGGGUUGUCUCAAAACGACAAGAAGUUCUUCGAAGCGGUACAUACGAAGAUCGUCGCAGAGACCGAUCAGUAUGAGUUCGACUGGUGGGCUGAGGUACAUUGCCUUCUGGGCCCUCAAGAUGAGGAAGAUGAUGACGAUGAUUACGUUGUACCUACGGUCGAUGAUGAAGGAAAGCUCAUCAAGCUCACACUGGACAUAAGCCCCGUUCAAGAGGACUGGGCCCAAGAUGUUUUCUCGCAGGUCUUCCCAGACUUCGAGCAGGCAGAGACCAAGCUUCCUGAUGUCGCGCCGCAACUCCAGGUGGAUGUUGAACAGACACCCUUUUCGAAUAUGUUCGAAUUUGGACUCUUGUCUGAAUCAAUCGAUAUGCCGGAACACACUUUGAUCGAGGCGGCGAAGUUGGCUGGCGCGCCGCUAGUUGACACUUUGAUGUCCAGUCUUGGGUCCAUCUUUGCCGGUCACGAUAGGCUCCUCCAUGAGCUGUUUUCACUGGCUGCAGCAGUUGAUACUGAUGCGGAAAACCAGAAGGCCGACUACCGUCUACCUAGUCCUGCCGUAGGUAGUGUUCAGUCAAAAACUGUGCCUACCGAGAAUUCCGGACCACUCGAUGGUAUCGGAACUGACUUUGACGGUACGCCCGCAUUCAAGGAGCGUGAAAAGCACAUGAUAGACGAGAUCAUGAAAAAAACAACUUCGAGCUCCCACAGAGAGAGCUCUGUUCGAUCAGAGAUCCGCAGAUGA